CGAAACUUCACCUCGUCUACUGACACACAUAUAGAAAUAUACUGACAAACUGUCACUGUAAUGUGAGUGAUUAAACGAACUUGAGUGUUGAUCCGAUUCACAUCACAUUAUAUUUACUCGUCAAAGAAGAAGAAAAGGCGCGUCAGAUUCUCAGGAUCAAAUUAUUGUAACAUUUCUCUGCAGUUAAUAUUUGGAUCUGUUCUGAAAACUGCUGAAGAAAAUGUUUCAUGUUAUUUUGUUCUGUUUGUGCCUGUUUGGUGUGUUUGGUAGUAAGUUUGUGUCAGUGAUGGAGGGAGAUUCUGUCACUUUAUCUGUCAGUCUCACUGAAACACAAAGAAAAGAGGGAAUCUCCUGGAAGUUUGGACCUCAGAAAAUCACCAUAGCUGAAAUUGAAGUUGGUGACAAUAACAUGCGUGUAUAUGAAGAUAGAGCUGAUGGGAGAUUUAAAGGCAGACUGAAGCUGGAUCACAGUGGAUCUCUGACCAUCACAAACACCAGAACCACAGACUCUGGACUUUAUAAAAUAACCCAAACCAGCACAGACAACCAACUCAAUGUAUUCAAAAUUACUGUUUAUGCUCGUCUGCCCAUUCCUGACAUCAGCAAAGUUUCUUCACAAAAUCCAUCAGAAAGAUCAUCAUCAUCAAACUGUUCAUUAUUGUGUUCAGUGUUGAAUGUGAGAGAUGUGAGUCUGUCCUGGUACAAAGGAAACAGUUUAUUGUCCAUCAUCAGUGUGUCUGAUCUCAACAUCAGCAGCAUCUCUCUUCAUCUGGAGUGUCUGGAUGAUUCUUACAGCUGUGUGCUGAACAAUACCAUCAGUAAUCAGAUUCAACAUAUCAACACUGAUCUUUGUCAGAUGUGUUCAGGAUCCCACGGCUGUGCGUGUGGUUUUACUGAAGCUGUGAUCCGAGUGGUCGUCUCUGUUCUGGUGGGCAUUGCUGCUGUUGCUGUUCUGGUUUAUGACAUCAGAUCCAGAGGAGAUGAAGAGAAGAGGAGGAUGAGAUCAGACAUACAAUUAAACACACUUAAUUCAGAUGAGCAUUAGGUUUUGGUAUU